AUAGAAAUGUAAUAUUCUUCGGUUCUCUCUAACAGAUGAGUGCGGUGGGCAUCACGGAGAGCGCCAAGGGUGACAACAAGAAGUUUGAGAUCUGGUGUAAUUCCAGAGAGGAGGUGUUUAUCGUCCAGGCUGCGACACCUGAGAUCAAAACAUCUUGGUUGAACGAGAUCAGGAAGGUUCUGACAGGCCAGCUGAAGGCUUGCAGGGAAUCUAGUCAAAAGAAGGCGUCAGACACAAUGUCUCCCAGUCCAACCAGCAACAGCCCACCUAUCUGUCUCAGUCCAUUUAGGAACUGUCAGAAGAGCGUGAAGAAGGGAGAAGAGAAGAAGACAGAUGCUGUCAUCUCUGACCCUUAA